CUACCCCUCCUUCUCCCUGCAGGUGAGGAAGUACAAGGGCAUGAUCCUGGAGGACCUGGAGAACGCCCUGGCCGAGCACGCACCCCCCGGGGGGGAACUAACCUCCGAGCUGCCCCCCCUCACCAUUGACGGCAUCCCUGUCUCUGUGGACAAGAUGACACAGGCCCAGCUUCGAGCGUUCAUCCCAGAGAUGUUGAAGUAUUCGACGGGCAGGGGCAAGCCUGGCUGGGGCAAGGAGAGCUGCAAACCCAUCUGGUGGCCAGAGGACAUCCCCUGGGUGUCGUGGACGCAGGCGCUGCGGACCAUCGUGAAGAACUGCUACAAGCAGCAUGGACGCGAGGACCUGCUGUACGCCUUUGAGGACCAGGUGCCACAGCACACGGCCAUGACGACAGCCACCCACAGCAUCACCCACCUGGUGCCCUCACAGACCGUGGUGCAGACCAUCAGCAACCCCGACGGCACCGUCUCCCUCAUACAGGUGGGCACAGGGCAGACGGUGGCUACUCUGGCCGACGCCUCGGAGCUGCCAGGCACAGUGACCGUGGCCCAGGUCAACUACACUGUGAACGACGGAGAGUUGAUGUGUGGUGAGCUUUCUGGCGCAAAGGGGCAGUCCAGACCACACCCAGGUGGGUUCUACACAUUGGUCAUGGAUGAGAAUAUGUCGGUGUGUCGCACGUUACCGAUGGAGGUGUCGCCACAGUUUAUUGUAAGCGGCAGAUCUACUUCACAUUUUAUGUUCAUUGACUACGACAAAUGUUUGUCGGAGAUGACCAUACAGACCACACAGGCGUCCGAGGCCAAUCAGGCGGUCGCGUCCCUCGCUGAGGCCGCUGUCGCCGCCUCCCAGGAGAUGCAGCAGGGAGCCACCGUCACCAUGGCACUUAACGGUGAGGCUGCGGCCCAUGCAGUGGCGACGCUGGCUGAGGCCACCCUACAGGGAGGAGGUCAAAUCGUUCUGGCCGGGGAAACGGCGGCUGCUGUAGGAGCACUGACUGGAGUGCAAGAUGGCAGCGGCCUGGUGCAGAUCCCAGUCAGCAUGUACCAGACGGUGGUUACCAGCCUAGCCCAGGGGAACCGGCCCGUACAAGUGGCCAUGGCGCCUGUGGCCACACGCAUUGACAACACGGUCACACUGGACGGCCAGGCGGUAGAGGUAGUGACUCUGGAGCAGUGACACUGAAUCCUCCCUUGGCAGGUGUGUUCCACUGGAACAAAGUCCCAAAAUGGCCGCCGCCGGGAGCUGAGGGAUGGAUAGUCCGUUUUCACCAUAGAGAUAGAUAGAGGGCUCAUCUUUGUAUCUGUGCCAUUAUAGCAUCUGACAGCAUGGGCAGUGCCAUUGAGGCCAUCUCCAUUUUUGAAUUAGUCUGUUUUCCUCUUCACGAUUGACUGAUACCUCCUGAUAACUCGGUUUGACAUUACUCCGUCAGUGGAGGAUCAGCCCAUGAAGUUGGAAGCCCUAAAUGGCACUGCCCAUGCUAAUACAGCCUUUUGGCCAGUAGAGGCCUCUAUCAUUCUCUAUGGUUUCCACAUGCUGUGCUCUGUACAAUGUAAAAAUAUAUAUUUUUAAUGUACAUCUGCAGGGGAACAUAAAGUGACGGAUUUAUCAAUGCAUUGUUUACUGUGUGUGUGUGUGUAUAUAUAGAAGAUGUGUUUUUUUUGUUUGAAUGUCCUUUUUUAGCUUUGAUGUUGAGCAUUGUGUGACAUGGGUUAGAGAGUAUUUAGUAUUUAUUUCUGCACACCUUAACAUUUACUUAAAGAAUAACCAAAAAGCCAAGGGGGACGCCACCAAUUCACCUUUCAUUCUGAACCUAUAUCACAGUCCCAUUAAUGACGUUUUGGUACUAUGUCUAUGUGAGUGUUAUUCCAUGUUUGUUAUAGAAUGCGGUUACCAAAUCACAAUCACUCUCUGCUCUGUUGUCAUGGACUUCAUAUGCAAUCAGGUUGUGCCGAAACCCAGGAACCUUUCCACUAAUUCCACCCCCUACUAUAUUAGUCAAUGUUCUUCUUGUACCCUGGAUGUCUACGAAGCAUCCCAAUUAUCAACUGUCCCCUGUAAGAACCUUCACUGCCUAGAAUGAUUCCAAUGAAACAUUACUUCUGAAAUAUGAUACCUGUUGUUGUGUGGUUUAUUGUACUGUAGUCCACUCCACACACACACUGGGAUUUCUGAAGACUCAGGAUUUAUUAGUACGGUAUUUUUUUUGAUGACCUGUCUAGGCAGCCAUUUUGACUCCAGAGAAUAUCACAACUGGUGUCUCCAAUGCAGGAGUAGCUGUCCCUUGAGUCUUUAAAAAAAAAAAAAAAAAAAUUAAACAAAAACGCUCCUUUUGAUGUCAGUGGUAGGAACGUAUUCUAAAUCAUUUUAUAAAUUGAGGGGGGCCGUACUGUAUACUACAGAGCAUUCAAUGACUUUUUGUAUUUGUACAGAAUACGUGUGCAUUUGUCUGGUCUGAUAUGAUGGUAUGAAUAAAUUCAGCUCACUACAGAGAAUCCUCUCUGUAGAAUUAAUGAUUUAGGAAAUACAUUAGGUGACUGAAUUACACCAAGCAUGCAGUCCAUGUGAUCGCCCAAUAAAGUGACUACUGUUCACCGGU